CUCGUCGCCGUCGUUGUAGAUGUCGUUCAACGACAAUCAACAUUAUUAUAUCCACAUCGCCCAACUCCACUUCUGUCGGCAAAUGGAACCAAGAACCCUUGUGCUCUGAUCAUCAAUUUCACGACGGUGGCAAAAAUUGGCCUCCCCCUUUGCCUUUUCCGGCUGACAAGCAAACAAGUUAACCCAUAGUAAAGCAUAGUACGAGCAGUGGAUCGGGUCCCUUUCCCCGCUUCCCCAGACCGCGGGAGUCGGAUGCGAUGGGGCCCAGCCAGCGCCAUCGUCGGCUAGGCUUCCCACGAUCCACUCUUCUCACCCACACUCGAAACAACUGCAGUAAGUUGUCGAAGACAGGCCACCAGCAGAACAAGAGCCAAGAAGCUACUGAAGGGGCGAACCCACUGAAACACGUCCGACCAACGAAUUACAAGAAUGCUCCAGAGAGACGUGCUCUUUAAGAUUUCGAAUGCCGCCGGGCCAAACAACAUUUGAAUCUGGGUAAAUGAGAAAAUGAGCUGAAUUCAUUGUGCCAAUCUGGAUGGAGAACGCAGUGGGAGAGGGAUACAAAAGGUCACGUCCUUUUGUGUGGUCUUUAGUCGGUCCACUGGAACAUGGAAAUCGGAAAGAGUGCGCGCUGCAGCAAGAGUCAAGAGGCGGAGAUUUCAUACAGAAGAGGAAGCUCGAGCGGCUGGUUUCUCCUGCGAUCCUUUCUUCUUCAGGCUCGGCGGCGCUGUCACUGCCAGGACAGGCUCUCCUUGUCGCCUGAGGCCACUCUUCGGUCUGCCAAGGGGCAUGCUAUGGAUCACUCGGCAGCCUGGAGCAGUGUGUCACAUGGCUUCUUGCUUGUUUUCUGUUCUAUUCUCCGUCUGUCAUUUUGAGGAGAAGGACGCAGUACGCCUACAUGGUCAGGUCAGGUUCCACCCACUGCGCCAUCUUUUCAGGUAAGUACAUACAUUGUCGCUCAGCACUGGGUUCGUAUUCGUACCGCUGUUCAUCGUCCUUGCCACUAUGAAUUAAUGGUAUUAUGAGAGGCUUCGAGGUCAGUAAUACAGCUCCAUUGAUUAACAUUCCUUGUUUGC